CGGCCCGAGAGCAGCUCUGCUGAGAGCCGCUAGGGGGCAACGGGCGGCACUCUUGGUUGCGCAUGCGCUCCUGGGAGAGGAGGGCCGGGGGUUGCGGCAGCGGGUUUGCGCAUGCGCCGGGCGAAGGGCCGGCGUUGCGCGCCUUCUCCUCAGCUGGCUGUGUUCAUUAACUGUAUUUUGGAUGGGAUUUUCUUUUUCUUCAUUGCCAUCUAUAGAAAUUGAUGAAUUUUUUUAGUGCUAAGGCUCCAUCUGCCACCAGAUGUCUUUCUGCCUGACUGAGAUGUUUCUGUGGUCUUUGAGGACUAACUUACAUAUUAAAGGAAGCUGUGGCCUACUUGACUAUGAAGAUAUUGGGAUCCACCAGUACUAUGACAAGAAAGAGCCAGCAUCACAGAUGAAGCACGGUUACUUAGAAGAGAAGCAAAAGCUAGCAGAGUCUCGAGAUUAUCCUUGGAUACUGAAAAACAAGCGACCAGACAAACUGCGAGAUACACUCAAGGAGGUAGAGGACUUAAUGCAAAACAGUCAAUGUAUGCUGAGCAAAUGGAAGAACAAACAUAUCUGUCAGCUCCUCUUUCACUCAGGUAUAUUGGUGUCCCUAAGCCUUUCUGGGCCACAGCUGGAGAAAGUGGUGAUUGACAGGACCCUGGUGGGGAAGCUCAUCUCCGACACCAUCAGUGAUGCUGUUCUUACAGACAAUUUCAUCAUCUUGUCAUUUGAGGACCAUAACCAACUCUGCUUUAUUCAGUUUACAAAGAAGAUGGAUUCUCCCGAUGUAAACAAAAAACUGGAAAAACUCUCUUGUUUGGACUUCAAGAUUUCUUAUACUGAUAUACUUGGACCAGAAGGUAGAAGGAUGAAACGUCACCUGGCAAUAAACUGUAUGCAAGAUAUGGUCAUUUGCUGGUGGUCAGCAACUAGUGAUGGAGCAUGGCCUUGGUCUCCUAUUUCCUGUGAGAGGGACAGAGCCAACCUAUUGCUAUUAGGCUGUGCACAUGGCAAAUUGGAGGUUCUUAGUUACGUCCGUACAGAGUGGGAUCCACUCAAUGCUAGCUUCAGCACUAAUCAGCCUUAUCAGGUUUACACAGUAGAGCACUCCACCUCCGCAGACAAAAAGCCCAUGGCUGACAGCUGCGUCUACAAGUGUGUUAGGAACAAAAUUCAGUGUGCAGCAGUCACCAGAAUACCACUACGAUCCAAGGCCAUCAGCUGUUGCAGAGAUGUUACAGAAGACAAACUAGUCCUGGGUUGUGAAGAUUCAUCAAUAAUUCUCUAUGAAGCCUACAACCAAGUGACUGUGUUAGCCCAAGCAGAACUGCUGCCUGCUUUAAUAACCUACCACCCUUCCGGAGCCAUAUUCAUGGUUGGCAGCUCUCAAGGGGAGCUGCAACUUUUUGACACGGCACUGUCCCCAAUUAAAAUUCAGCUCUUGGCACAAGACUAUUCACCUGAGGCAACUCUGCAAUUCAGUAAACACUUUGACGUGCCUAGCAGCCUCAUCCAGAUCCAGUGGGCUGCUCCUCAAGUUGCAUCUGCCAGCACUGACAGCACAGAUAUUCAUGAUCUUUUGUUGGUUAGAUUUGACAAAGGACCCUUAGGAGUACUUCACUUUAAACUUGGUGUGAUCACAAGAGGACAGCUGGGCCUUGUGGAAAUCAUCCACCAGUACAUUUGUUACGAUGAGAUACAUGAGGCAAUUAAUGUCCUGAACACCAUGAACUGGAACACGAUGGGUCGUCAGUGCUAUAUAUGCUUGAGUGCCAUUGUCAAUCAUCUUCUUAAACAAAAGCUUACACCAGACAGGGAAGCACAGCUUGAGGCAAGCCUUGGAACCUUUUAUGCUCCAACAAGACCUCUCUUGGAUACAACUGUGCUGGAGUACAGGGACCAAAUCAGCAGAUAUGCAAGAAGGUUCUUCCACCACCUGCUCAGGUAUCAGAGAUUCGAAAAAGCAUUUCUGCUAGCUGUUGACAUAGGUGCUCGGGACCUGUUUAUGGACAUCCAUUACCUUGCGCUAGAUAAGGGUGAAUUGGCACUAGCUGAAGUAGCAAAGAAAAAGGCUAAUGACAUUGAUGCAGAAUCAAUAACUACUAGAAUUGAACUUCUGGGGCCGUCAGACGAAGAAGACCCAUCUCAGGAAGCUUUCAUUGACCGAACUUCAGAACAGGGAGGAGAGCGUGACCUGCCUGCUCCUGGUCCAGCCGUCGGACCGUCAGCACAGAGCUGGUCCUGCAGACCCACCAGCCGCAGACUGGCAGAGGACACCGAGCAUAAGCCAGGAGUGGAUCGUCACCCUGCCUCCCUAACAGGGAAACCCUUGUCCAGUAGUCAUGAAGGAAAUUUGAGAGCAGUUCCUUCAGAGAAGGAGACGGGAGACAGUGGGUCUCUCAAGGUCGUGCACUUCGGGCUGGUGUGACUGAACUGCUAAAGAGAAGUAGGGGAAACCUCACAGAGGUGGUGAAGUUCACAGAAAGUCUCUCAGCAAACUUCCAGCCAGCCCUGGAUCCGACCACUAGAAGAAGACAAAACACCAGGCUUAGAAAAUAUGCUGCCCUUAGACCUCCGAAUUAUUUCUGAGUUAGCACAACAUGUCCAUGCACAAACUGCCCCAUGUCUGCUUAUGGAGGGCAGUUUGGUGACAUUUUCAUCGUGUCAUUCAAAGACUUCAAAAAAGCGAGUAAUUGGGGAUCCCCAUUUACUGUACAAAUGCAAUGCUGAAAAAUUUGGGGGGUGGAGAUCUUGGAUGAAUCCAUAAACUUCUCAGGAGAAAGUCUGUAAUUCUCUAUGCAUUAUAUAUUUUAACAAUCUUCACUUGGAGGCAGAUUUGAAUUUCCACUUAAGGCUCUGAAAACCGUCCUAUUGAGAUACCAGCAGAUAAAAUCUUCACUCAGGAUACCUCUGUGAAAGAGCAGCCUUUCACAGUCGGCAGCAUUUUUCGAAGAAUGCUCUCAAUUUUCAUAUCUAGAUAUAUCAUCUUAGUUGAAUAACCAUUAUUUUGCCUUGAAAAAAAGACGCGGAGCCUCUUAAACAUCAUUCCAUUGGAGUCCAGAUUUUAAUCUGCCUCCUCUAACCACGAAGAGAAAAUGCACUGAGAAGGUAACGUAACCUGUUUCAGCCCUCUAGUUUUUUUCUGACGGUGAAGAGAGGGGCGAGCAUCGUCCAGGUCUUUCUUCCCCCCAUUUGAUUGGGCGCAGCAUGUACAAACACAGAUUUUUGUACUCUAUCAUAGGCAUGUGCGUGGGUUAAGCUUGAGCUUUCUGGGGCACAUUGGGUAGUUCCAAAGCCAUUCCACCCAAAAACGGCAAGCUUCUUGAAAUCGGUUUUGUACAACGAACAAAUUUGUACGAUGAAUGGACUGAAAAUAAAAGCACAAUGUAAAAA